AAAAACGGAAAUCGUAGAAAAAUGUCCCUUUUUCGCGUAAUCACGUGGUGGACAACACAGUGCCCCAGUACUGAUGGCUUCGACAGUUUCAGUCUCCUCACAGGACGCUUGGGAUUGGUGGAGGAUGGUGAGAGGGAUUCAAUUGUAGUUGGGUCACAUUCUGGACAUUUGAGUGUUUUUGCACCAUCCCCAUCCGAAAGUGGAUCCCUUUUCUCACCAACUGAUAUCAUACUGGAAGUGAAGCUACCCCAACCAGUGAUUGGACUUGCUUGUGGGAAAUUCUCAAGCAGUCGAAGUGACAACCGCAGUUGCCUAGCAGUACUGCAUCCUAUGAAACUAUGCGUCUUCUGGCUUACUGCAGUUGAGGGCGUUGCUGAACAUGGAGCGCAGUUUCGGUUGCAGCUUGCUUACGAGAGUAUCUUGACCAAGUUUGCCUUUUCCCUAUGCCACGGUGGAUUUGGUGGUGUGAAAGGGAAGGAAUUUCUCUGCAUCUGCCACAUGGAUGGAGGGUUGAAGUUCUUCGAACAGGACGGUAUAUCCUAUGAGGCCCAGUUGCCUGAAGAACGAACAAUUCCAUUUCCAAUGAAGUACAUCCCCCGAACUGAUUGCUUCGUCACGAUGGCACCAUCGGGCUUCAUUGAAUGCUUCAAGUAUCAAGAUCUAGCUCAAUCACCAGAUAACAUCUCAGCUCAGCAGAUUUGUCCUUUCUGGACUUUCUUCAUUGGAGAAGGAGCAAUUGACAUAUCUGUUCAUCAAAUAACUAAUACUGAAUCCGUGAUUAUCGUCUUGGGAGAACACAACUUGUUUUGCUUCAGCGACACAGGAAAAACAAAGUUUAUCAAGAAGCUGGACUAUACUGCAGUCUGUAUGCAUAGUUUUGUUAUCGGAUGGUAUUGGGAACCAGAAGUCAGGCUCAUAAUCUCCAUAGCAACAGAAAUGGGCUCUUUGCUGAUUUACGAAGAAUCCAAACUUAUUUGGUCAGCGCAACUACCACAGGUUCCUGUUGCAGUGACCAGAGGCACAUUUACUGACCUGUCGGGAGGGAUAGUCACUCUGAGUGACGAUGGAGUCCUUACAGUUGGCUUUUUGGGAUCUGAACCACAAAUUUUUAAAGUCCCAGCACUAAAUCUCAAACAGCUAACAGUUGAGAAGGCGCAAAGAGAAUUAGAAGCUUUGGAAGCUGAAAUAAAGUCAGGAAUUGAUUUUACUGACAUUUCCCUCAUAAAUGCAAGUGCAGAAAGGGAACUAGCGGUGACUGUAACUUUAAACAAAGUCCUGGUGCAAAGUACGUACGCUCCCAAGAACGAUGCUGAGGGUGAAGUUCCGAAAAUGUGUGAGAUCAGCGUAGUGCUCAAAGCGUCAGCCUUAAUUGAUCACAUUCAAGUUAUCGUGCAUGUUGAUCCACCUCUUGCGGUAAAGAAUUCAAUUCAUGUCUUUCGGGAUGUUGAAGACAAAGGAACAAGGAGGCUCUCGACGUGGAUAUACAUGGGAAAGAAACAGGACCCACCUACGCUCAGAGCAAGUGUCUUGAUCUCUUCGAUUAACAGACAAGGGAUUCCACGGGUUAUUGAGAAGAGUAUUGUCCUGCCUUUAGGUCUCGUCUACAGACCUGGGGCGGCUCAGAAGGAAGCCAAGUACAAAAUUGUUUUAGAAACAAAGAGCAUCGACAAGAGCGGAGUUGCGGGCUUAUUCAGUGAAAUGACUUUCGAUGCAACGGCUCAAGCAGUUGCCUUCAAGUCUAACUAUUCAGGAGCUUUGAUAACAGUUGUUGCUGCUAAAACUUCUAACCGGUAUAGAAUUCAAAGUGAUUCCCUCGAGGCUAUGUCGGGAAUUCUAAGUUUAUUUUUGAGUCGUUUAAAGGUAAACUACAUGAAAAUAAACUUAGAAGAUUCAAAACUGAUACUGGUAAAACUUACAGACUAG